UGGAAAAGCUCCAUCUUUGCUCGCGUUGGCCAUGUAAUCUUUUCUCGGUAUUUUAGACAAACAGUUGAAUAAGUAAGUUAUUGAUAAGUUGUGCGAAUUCAAUUUCAGUGAGGUGAAACUUAUGCUCUGUUGCAUUGAAAAUUCAGCUAAACAUUAGCAUCUGCUGAAAAGUUGGUGUAUUCAAAAUUGUGAGAAAUUUGUCUGUGUAUUUUAUUUUACUCAGCGUAGUGACAAACCCGUGAGAGUGCAGAGAAAACUGAUUUUGAUGGCGGGUUGAAAAUUCAAUUUUGGUUUUUUUUAAAUACAAUAUGUUUGCAUAUCAAAAAUUUAUCCGUGAAACGUAGUGCUGUUUAAAGUGGUGAAUUUGGGAAUCUGAAAAAAAAAUUACACUUGUGAAGUUCAACAUCGCCAUUGACGAUCAGUCGGACGUUCUGAAGGAGACGAAAAAAGUGCUCGACGUGAACCAGCAUGAAUCGAUCGUUACGCGGCUCCCGUUGUGUGUAGAAAUCUCCCUCCAAACGGUCGAGGGAGAUAAUAUGAUUCUGGAAGUUUGGUCUCUCAGUGUACAGAAAGACCAGUGUGAAUCGCAGUUACGGGCAACACAUGCGAUCUACAAUCGCAUGGGACUAUUGUUGAAAUCGUUACUUUCGGUUACGCGUUCUACGCCUGCAUACAAACUUUCCCGCCGGCAAAGUGCCGAUUCGUAUCAGAUUUUCUAUCGGAUUUACAUCGGCGAUCCUCAGACCCAUCAGUUGGGCGAUGGUCACAAGCAGUUACGCGUCGGACAGUUGUGCACCCAGAUCGGAACACUAGACAUGGCAGUAGCCUUCCGCACCAAGAUGACUAUCUCGCCCACGCAAACCGGACGGGACAAUACUAUUAUGCUGAAGAGCGAUCACUUCCUCAAGGAUAUCAGCCCGAAGCACAUCCGCUAUAACUACAAUAAGAAAAAUGAGAAGAAAAUUAUCGAUUUGGACAAACCGAUGCGAUGCGGCGCCUUCGUAGACGCCUCCCGCGUAAAGCAGUACACCGAGGAGGACUUCAUUCUGCCGGAGACGCCACCGUUCCAUUGGUUACUUCCGAAACCAAAGGAUGACACUAGUUCGCUCAAAAGUGGUACCGACGAGGACCGGCAGUCGAUCAAUUCUCCAACGGCAGACGAGAACUGUUCGACCCAAGCAAACAACAACAACAACAGCAACGCCACCAACAACCUCAACAAUGUCAACAACAACAGCAACAAGGGCUCGUUCGAAUCCGCCGGAGCGAUGAACUUCCGAUUGUCACAGUCACCGAAGAGUGGUGGAGAAUCCAAUCUCGGUAGUGCAGCGGUGGCGACGGCCGGAGGAACGGCUGCUGGCGGCGGUGUCAAUUCCAGCUCGCCGCCGGCUUCGUUGACCGGCGAAUUCCGAAAGUCGUCCCGAUGGUCCGUUCGGCACACCGGCCCCGAGGAUGAACGGUUGCUGAAGGAACUGCAUUUCCCGUUCGCGGCAACCAACUCCCCGAUCGGCGAUCUGGCCAAGUUCUAUCGCGAGUGCUUCAAUGCUCCGCCGCUGCAGGAGUUCAACCAGCUGUCGAACGUGAUCUCCAACGUGGACGACGAGGAAGCUGCCAACGCCGACGAUGCCGGUCGGAUACUGACCGGUGCCGACGGUGCCGUCGACGGGGAUGACGACGUGGACGAUCUAACCCGGCAGCUCGAGCAGUUCGAAACGUCCCUGCCGGAGUUUGAAACGCUCGUGACGUCCCUCUGCCAAACGGUGGAUAACAAUUCCAACAGUUAAGGGAAAUCAUCCUCUCUUCUGAGCUGGGAGGGUUUUUCUUGGACGUUGCAAAGAAAAAAAUGUCGACUGAUUGAUGAUAUUCAUCUCUUUAAACCAAUGUAUUUUGUUUGUUUUUUUUUUUAUAUAGACUUAGAGAAGGUAGAGUAACGUUAAUUGUUAAGAAUAUCAUUUAUUUCGGAGCAGGAUAGUUGUGUAUUAUAGCUAACUGAUGAGAAAAGCGUAGGUAGUUUAGAACAACUAAUUGCUGUAUAUAUUUUGGAAAAAGGCCUUUUUGGAUGAUGGUUUUUUGGAGCAGUCAUUACUGCUGGACGUAAUUUUUUAUGUUCUAGGGGGAAAAACUAAGAGUGUGGUAUACAGAAGUAAUACACAAUUUUGAUAGAAGAUAAAAACAAAGUUCCUUACGUUUGUCACUUUAUUUUGUCUUAAUAUGGUUAGUACAUAUCCUCGGCGUAUUUAUGAGAUUUUAUUUAAGCAAGAGGAAUGUUUUCUAGCUAGUCUAAAUCAUCUAAAGGAACAAUUCUUAAAACAUUCUCCAAGUCAUACCUGUAAAUAGAACAAAAUGUUGCCUAAAUAAGUAGAACGAAACUGGUUUCCAUUUGGCAAGGCUUGCAACUUGUAGCUCUGUCUUGACGAAGAUUGGCAGACCAAGAAUCUCUUUCUUUGCCAUUUUGCGUCUGGCAAAGCGACGAAAUAGUGUUUGACCGGUUUCGCUCUUCUUAAAUUUGUGCAUGUUGCUAAAUUUGUUUUUUUUUCAAGAGCAGAUGAUAUUUUAUUUCUAUUCUUACAAGAAAAAUAAUCCUAGUUAUAAGAAAAAAAGCUUUAUCGCUUCGCAGCCAUUGUUUUGCAUAUAUAUUUUUUUAUUUCAGUAAGACUUUUUAUUACCACUAAGCAUGCGUCCUAAUUUUCGCAUAUCAAAAUCAACAUUAGACAGUAGAAAAAAAAUCGAAAUCAAUGCAUCUAAAUUUUUUCAUUAUGUCUUCAUUUUCAAGACUGAAUGGAAUAAGAGAUCUAUUACAAUCUUUCACACUAACCUUCUUUUCCCUGUGAGUUUCCGGUACUCGGAUCCUUAUUAUCGAACAAUUAAAAAAGACGCAAAUCUGGCCGAUAUGGAAAAAUUUUUCCCUCUAAAAUCGAAUCAAAAAUAGAUUUAUGAUGGCUUUAAAAAAAUGUUUUAUUGACUAUUGUUACGCUGUUGAUCAUCGGGUUACGAUUUUUUGACAAAGCUAUCGUUUUUACAUGGAAAAAUACUAACUAGGGAAGCUCGAGAGAUGUUGGAAGCAACUUUAUGAAUCGUUGAAGAAUAAAACCAUACACGCAUAAAUGCAGGAUUCAGUUUCUCGUUUCCCAACUACCGAAGCGCAUUUCAUUACGAUCAGUACCCUUAUGUUGUAUAAAAAAUCCAUAUUACAUACAAAUAUUUGAAAAAAAAUAAUAUUACAGCUUUCAGAAAAAAAAUACAGAAGUCCUAAAAUAAACACAUCUCUUUUUGGUUAAACAGAA